UCAGACCUUUCACGCCGACCCGACACAGGUAUGCAAUCCAACACUGAUGGCGUCAUUUGUCAGCAGCGCGGGGUGACCGUUAGAGACGCGAUGGACGCUUCCGGAUUUGGAGUCUGAGCUUUUUGUGCGGGGUUUCGGACUUAAAAACGCAACAAAAAAAACAUGAGUGGUGAACGAGAUGCAUUAUGGGGGGAUAUGGGCAAAAGAGUGACUCCAGGAAUGCAAACGGGCCGUUGUCAUGUCACAGAACUGUCCGAUGGUCCGCAGGCUCCUCCGCCCGGUGGAGCUGAGCCCCCGGUGGAGCGUGCGUGGGAGGAGACCCCCAUGGCUCACUCCUCAGACGGGCCCCGCAGGGAGAAGGCCCCCGGGGGCCAGGGGCCGCACGCCGCCGCGCGCAACCUCCUGCGCAAGAAGGAGCAGCGGCGGCGUGGGAUCCGGUCCUCCUCACCCAUGGGCCGGGUCAUCCUCAUCAACUCUCCUGUCGAUGGUGGAGACGACAGCGAGGACCUCCACACCAUCACCGUCGACAAGAGCGUGGACGGAAAGCUGGGCUUCAGCGUCCGGGGGGGCUCCGAGCACGGCCUCAGCAUCUUCGUCAGCAAAGUGGAGGACAACAGCACCGCGGAGGAGGCGGGGCUGCUCGUCGGAGACAAACUGGUGGAGGUGAACGGCGUCAGCCUGGAGAGCAUCACGAUGAGCAGCGCUGUGAAGGUCUUGACGGGCAACAACAGGCUGAGGAUGGUGGUCAGGAGGGUCGGAAAAGUCCCCGGGAUCCGCUACUCCAAAGAGAAGACCACCUGGGUGGACCUGAUACACAGGCGUAUGGUGGUGGAGGAGAGUGGACGCACGCCCUCAGAGGCCAGCUCGGGCAGCGCCCUGCAAAGGAUCGUCCACCUUUACACCACCUCCGACGAUUACUGCCUGGGCUUCAACAUCCGAGGGGGAAAGGAGUUCGGCCUGGGCAUCUACGUCUCCAAGCUGGAUCCGGGCGGCCUGGCCGAGCAAAACGGAAUCAAGAUGGGGGAUCAGAUCCUGGCGGCCAACGGCGUGAGCUUCGAGGACAUAAGUCACAGCAGUGCGGUGGAGGUGCUGAAGAGCCACACGCACAUCAUGCUGACCAUCAAGGAAGCAGGGCGAUACCCCGCCUAUAAGGAGAUGGUGGCAGAGUACAGGUGGCUGAACAAACUGGCCAACGGUACCCAGAAAUCUUCCUCCCAGGGUUCAGGCUCCAACUCCUCGGCCUCCUCGCUGUCGUCCGGGACGCCGGUUAGUUCUCUGAGCGGCCUGUCGCAGGUCAUGUUCCCGCCCAGCAUGCCGUUCGGCUCGGACAUGGUGGACGUCUGCAUCUCCACCGAGGACCAGAGCUCCGGGGCGGAGCGGAUGGAGACGGCCAUCCAGACGGACGUUCCCUCUCAGAGGCCGGCGGCGGACACCACCCGCAGCCUGGGGCCGACCACCCUGCUCAGGGACACGGUGAUCCGGGGGGAUGGCGAGGACGACGGCGGCCGGAAAGAGUCCCCCAAGACGGCCGUGCUGCUGGCCCUGAGCCGGCCGAGCAGGCCCAUCCGCCGGUCGCAGAGCCAGGUCACCGUGGCAGAAAUCAAGCAGAAGAAAGAGAAGAAGCAGAAGGGGAAGGACCCGGAGGAGAAGAGCACCCUGCAGCGCUCCAAGACUUUCGUGAACCUGUUGUUCAAGGGGGGGCGCAGGAGGGACGCCUCCAGGGGGCGCUCCAAGUCCCCCUCCACAGAAAAGCUUGGAAAAGAGGGACCGAAGUCUCGGGUUUUGCCAAACUGCGAGAUGCUGGGGGUGGUGGAGGCCAUGGCCCGCAGGCUGCUGAACGAGGAGGAGGUGGAGGCCGUGAUGAGGACGUGUCGGAGGUACACGGCAGAGCGCUCGGUGGAGAACCUGAUACGCCACCUGCUGGCCGUGCUGGACCGCCCCGAGAAGCUGCUGCUGCUGAGAGAAAUCAGGAUGCUGCUUCCACCGUCUGACCUGCCGGUGUUCAACAACAUGGUGUCGUCUGUGGAAGUGGAAGCCUACGACAUCCUCAAAUAUCGCUCAGUACGAACUCCCCCUCUCCGAUCCCCCGCUUCUGGCCGGGCCCCCAAACGGCGCCUCAUCACCCCCAUCCCAGAUUACAGGGGGGGCUUUGAGCUCCAAAGCGCCGAGGAGGUGGAGAAGGAGAGUCACCUCCUGGGGGCUCUGGAGAGGCUCAGCCUGACGGGUCAGCCGGGGUCCAGGGAGCGACCCCACACCUCCAGGUCUUUCACGCCUCUGCUGGACAUACCGGUGGACGGAUACGGCGCAGAGUCCGGAGACCUGAGACCCCCGCCGGCCGGCCCGGCUCUCCCCAACUGGCUGCUGGCCCGAGGCCGGGACGACUCCCACCCCCCCCUCCGCACGGACAUCGGCACGAUCCGCUCCGUCCACUUCGACGAGGUCUCGCUCCACUCCGCCUCAGACAGGGUGGACACGAACUCGGAGAGGGGAAGGCGCCCCUUCAGGGACGGUCACUCCAAAAGCGGAGGCGGCAGCAAGGACGCCGUGUUCACGGUGCAGAGCGCCGCCCGGCGGACUCGACCCCUCCUCUCUCAGGUGUUCGCUGCGGCCCCUGGUCCAAUGGGAGGCGGGCUAACCAACGGCCACCCGGGUCCCUCUGAGGGGAACGUCAACGGUACCGAACCCGCACAGGAGCAUGAGCUGAAAACAGUGUGCAUCUCCAAAACCAGACAGUCGCUCGGAAUCAGUAUAUCCGGUGGGAUGGAGUCCAAAGUUCAGCCGGUGGUGAAGAUCGAGAAGAUUUUUCCAGGAGGAGCCGCGUCUGCCUGUGAAGUGCUCAGGGCUGGAUUUGAGCUGGUUUCUGUGGAUGGAACCCCCCUGCGCGGAGUCACCCACCAGCAUGCUGUCGACAUCAUCCGAAAAGCCUUCAGCAACAAGGCCAAAGACCCCAUGGUGUUCGUGGUCAAAGUUCCCAAAGAUCUUUGAGGGGAGAUUUGGAGAAGUGCCCAGUGAUUAGCGCCCAUCUGAGAUUUAACAUGGCUCUGAGGCCGGGUGUGUGAUCCUGCCACUAAUGUUAAAAGCGGUCAGUCAGCCUGGACACCUUCAGCGACCUGCCGGGCUGGAAAACAAGAACAGCCUCCACGGUCAACGGGCACGAGGAGGACCGAGCAAAUACACCGAAACAGAGGAAUAACGUGAAAAUAGAGCAAAAACAUUCAUCAUUUCAGUGUUCCCGAUGCCUUCACGUGUAAGUUAUCACUAACGAGGAGCCAGUGCC